GAGUGCACUCGGACCCGAUCAACAGGAAGGAAGGCAACUUUAGUGAAGAUUUGCCUCAGGAAUGAAGCCCAAACUGAAUGUUUCCAUCACUGAACAUGUUCUCAGACUGUGGCAGCAUGAGAGUCACUUCCUAACGCGUCCUCCUGUGUGCGUGUGUUCCUGAUCAAAGCGUAAAAAAAUGUUUUCCUGGAUCCUGGGAACCUCUGAAAGGACACUGUUUGAUUCAAACCCUAUUGACUGUUUUCUUCAAGGUCUCAUAGGUGCAUGUGGGGUCUCAGUGCUGUGCAGUCUGCUGAGAGUUUACUACUUUGUUCAAACAUGCUGUGAUUCUGAAAGUGAAGGUAAACAGAGUUUAUCCUCAACUGUCAGUGCACUGGAGGGGAAAUGGAGAGCGGUGUUACAGUUCUGGUCCCUGACGCUGGUUCUGUCUGUGGUGGGCCCGAGAGUUUCAUCUCUCUUAGUGCUGGAGUUUUCUCUCCGAGCGGUUUCUUCUUGGACGUCAGCAGGUCUGGAUGCUCCCAGCAGAGGCCUCGACCUCCUCCAGAUCCAGUGCCAGUUCUCCCUGGGCUGCUGCUUCACCUGUGCUCUAGCGUUUCUCCAUCAGGGGGCUCCACACCGCUCCCUCAACUUGCUACUGGCAGCUGCGCUCAGCUGGGCACUGGCAAGUGUCAGCCAAAGUGUGUGGAGCCAUGUGGCCAGACUUUACCCACUGCAUAGCACAGAGCGGUACUGUGGGAAAUGCAUCACCCUGCUGACCUGCGGACACACCAUACUGGCUUCGCUGCAGAGAGCGGUUGUCUUGGCUUUUGCUAUUGCAAAUGUGGCUUCCGCAGCCACAGUUUAUGACCACUUCUUGUCCCAGAAGGAUGCACUUAAGCUUUGGACUCCACUGACUCUCUGCUACACGAUGCUGGUGGCCUAUAUUCAAGAGAACCAGAAUCGUCAGACUGGAGCAGAAGCUCUGGUUCACACUGCUGUGCUGAGACUCGGAGCCGUGCUGGUGCUCAUGCUGACUGUGGGCGACUGGUCUGACGUCCUGCACGUCCUCAUCGCCUUCUUGGGAGAGGCAGCCUGUCUGCUGCCCUCUCGUGACCUUCUGCAAGCUGUCUUAAAGGAACAAGAAGAAACCAGCCCGAGGAAAAACCAAAGCAAAUCCAGAGAAGUCAGAAGACAAACAACAUCAGGCGACAGUUAAUGGUUACUGACAGUUACUGACUCCAGUGUAAACACAUUCAAUUUUAGCAUUAAUAAAUGGUUUACUGUG